AUGGCUAGGAUACAGAAUCAGCGCGCGUCACAGCGCAAUGAUGUGCGUGAUGGGUCGCGCGCUGCGCUGAGAAAGAAGAAGAACAAGGACCAGUACAAGAUCGUACUGGAAGCAGUCACCCAAGAGAAGAAGAAGCUGCACUCUAUUCUCACAUAUGCCUCGAAUGCGCCAGACGGCUUUGGCUUUAUCCCUGCCGGCCAUCCUGAAUUCACGGAAUGGUGCAAGGAGCAGUGCAGGCAGCGCAACCUCGACGUGCACAUCGUCUCGGCCAAACCGAAGAACAAGACGCAUACAGACCCUGCCAAGUUAUCGCACCAUGUUCACCGUGUCGGUCACCACUUUCCCAUGCGCAUCGUCAACCUCGCCUGCAGCAAGUUUGGGUACGAUUAUGACAUCCGAAAAGGCCUUCGGAAAACCAAUGAUCGCGAAAACUGGAUUGCGCAGCGCUUCGAAGCCUACUCUUCGCGCCAAGCCAACCAGGGAGGUCCGACCACUGAGAGAGAGACAAAGAUGUAUAUCCACGACGCUGUUCGCGAGAUGUUCCCCAAGAUCCCUGAGGCAGACCUGCAAGCCAUUGUCGAUCAUGCGUUCGAAGAGGGCACCGACAGGGUAGGUAAUGCCAAGGGACUCAGCUUGGCCCGUAGGGUGCAGCUCGCUGUCGUCGCACAUAUCCGCCACAUGUACACAGACUACGACAAAUUACUCAAGUCCGACGGUUGGCAGGCAGCCAGGGCUCAGGUCGAGCAUGUCUCUCUCGCCAAACUCAAAGAGUGGCGCGACGAAGCUGGCGAGCAGAGCAAUGAGCUUGAGGAGACCUUCCGCGAAGUCAUUGUGAUUGAUGAUGAUGACGACGAUGACGACGACAGUCUAAGCUUCACCUCGUGCUCCAUGUCUAUAGACGGACGUGAACCGAGCAUGGAGAUUAUCUCCCGCCGUAUGGAUGCGCAAGAUCUACAUCCUAACCUUAACGCAGACUACCCACGUGUCGAGGCAGAUCAGUUUCUUCGCAUUUUCAGCCACAGUCACAGCAGUCAUUCCAACCUUUUCGAGAAUCAUUUCCGUCUCAGCCGCGUCACAUUCCUCGCAAUGACCCACACUACCACACCCCCAGCAGAUACAUGGAGCCCUCAGGCUCGCCCAACCUUGGCAAGUGCGCAGCCGAUGAUAAGCAAGAUCGACGGACAAAUGUAUCAACUUCAACCCAUCGGCCAAGUUGGUGGUGGUUCAAGGUCGAAGUAUGAGCCUCCAUACACUGCGGCACGUAGCGCGCCAGGAUACGUACAACCCUCAUCAUCUCGAUUUAGUUCCUUUGACAGAUCAUCAGCUCCCGCAAGGCGUCCAUCAGACCAGGAUGUCGCCCUACCUUCGGUCGAGCGUGAAACCAUUGAUCUGACUUCGCCCCGACGUAUUCCAGCAUACCAGCAACCUGUCCAAAAUCAUGAAGCGCCCACCAGGUCAUAUGAUGAUGUACAUGCAUACAAGCGCAAGGUGCCCUCCUUUACUGUCGAUGACGAGAGGUUACAUCCUGAGCGGUUGAUCAAGCGUCCGAUGCUCGUACAUCGUGAAGAAGCUUACACUCGUACUCACAAAAACGGAGUACCUGAGUUCCAUCCGAAUCAGCAAACGGGUUACUACAGUGCGCCACGGGGAGCGCCGCCAGAGCCUGUCAUUGAUCUGACCUCUAGUCCGGAUGGCAGAGAUCGUCCCCCUCCCCGGCGCUCAGCUGUACCUGCUGGUUUGCGUGGAUAUGCAUAUCAUCCAGAAGUACCGGCUGGUGAACCGUCUCGUUCGUACAUGUCUGAUACUAGGCUGUAUGAGAGACGUGCUCCUCCUGCUCAUGACAAUCCUUUUCAAGACGGACGGCAGCCGUUUCCCGCACCGCGAGAUGAUGUGCGUUAUACGAGAAAUGGAUCUCGCUAUGGCGGAUGA